AUGGCUCAAAGUGAUAGUCCGGCAGAAGUUUUCAAACGCGGGGACAGUUUUGAAAUGCUCGCAGCGUGUCAGAAUGCUUUGCAUUCUGUUAAGCAACCCGAUGGACCUCUGGCUCACCAGAGGUGGAGCACCGGUGAGGUGUGGGUAAAUUACAAAGAUCAGCUUAUUGCACAUCAUAAUCAACCCAGCGUCAGAGCAGAGGCAGAGGCACUUUUUAGGCAAGGGCAAACAUUUGUUGACAUGCUUAACUGGAAAAUCUUUUUGCAAGCAAAUAAAAAAUUUGAUGAAUAUGAACGGUUGUUAAACGCUGUGGUACGCCAGAACGAACAGGACCAACGCAGUAAACAAAACAAAAAUAAAAAGGCGCCUCAGGCGCCUCGGGCGCCUCGGGCGCCUCGUAUUACCAUAAAAUAUGUCGCCAUAAAUCGUCUGAAUAUUUCACAGUCGGAAUUGGUGAAGAAAUUGCAACGUUAUGUUGUCGCACCACAACUAUUGCGCACCUACGGCUUUCCUGUAGAAAGCAUUAAAUUCCGCGGUAAAGUAACCAUAUACAAAAAGUUACCAUGCCUUUCAUAUGAAGCGUCCACCAACACUGACGACAAUGAGGAUCCAAUUGAGUUGGAGCGUCAAUUCGUGCCGGAUGAAGAUAAUAUGAAGAAGCAAUGCGUACGCUGUGAACGUACUUUCAAGGUCACACAAUCUGGCUUUUAUGUAACGCUCGAGAAUUGCACCUUCCAUUGGGGUUCUGAAGAGUCAGUGGGUUGUACCACUAAUUCAGUGCAUGUGUGGAACGGCGUUGUGUCCGGCAUAAAUGGUCCUUAUAACAAUUUCGUACGCACGACAAGCGGUCCACAGUCCGCCGAGGCCAAGGUGUAUGUUUUGGACUGUGAAAUGAGUUACACUGCAAGUGGACUGGCUGCGACCAAAGUUACUGUGAUUGACUUUGAUGGUCAGUUGGUUUAUGAGCACUUUGUGCGACCCAUUGCUGAUGUUGGAGACUACAACACGCGUUUUUCCGGUGUGCGCGCGAGAGAUGUAUAUCGGCGCAAUAAAAAUGUAAAGACUCUUCGCCAGGUGCAGCGUGAUUUGCUGAAAAUCAUCGACGCCAACACUAUAUUGAUUGGACAUGGUUUGGAGAAUGACUUACGCGUAUUGCGUAUUCUUCAUAAGACAGUUGUGGAUACGUCCAUUGUGUUUCCACAUUAUAAUGGGUUUCCCCAUCGCCAUUCCCUUAAAUAUUUGGCAAAAACGUACUUGAAUCGUUACAUACAAUUACGCGGCCGAAAUCAUGAUAGUUUGGAGGAUACUCGUAUAUGCUUAGAACUGAUGCUGUGGAAAGUGGGCAUCGACAUGAAGCGCUCAUAA